AUGGAGGGCUUCUCUCAGGGCCUGGGGGCCAGCCAGGCGUUCGAUUUCAACAUCACAGAGUCCCAGCUGCAGUCGCAAGUGGACUUUUCGUUUCUGGACUUCAAUCAGACGCAGGAGGCGGGCGGGGCAGGCGCAUUUGACGACUAUGCCGAUCUCAGCCUCCCGCAAGCGUCGCAGGUGCCCACCUUCCAGCCCACACAGGGCGAUGCAGCGCUGGGCCUGGACGUGGCCCUGGGGGAGCUGGCUUUUCAGGAUGCCGCGGAGGAGGCUGCGCCGGAGCAGCCCACAGAGCUGCCCGACUACUGCGGCAUCCACAACCCCGCCUGCGUGGUCAAGUGCCUGACCACGGGCAAGUGGUUUUGCAACGGGCGGGUCACGGGCACCGCGUCCUGCAUCAUCACGCACCUGGUCAAGGCUAAGCUCAAGGAGGUGGGCCUCCACAAGGACUCCCCGCUGGGUGAGACGGUACUGGAGUGCUACAGCAGCGGCAGCCGCAACGUGUUUGCCCUGGGCUUCGUGCCGCUCAAGGACGAGAACACGGUGGUGCUGCUGGCGCGGGACACGCCCCCCGCCGCCCCCGGCAUCAAGGACUUGAACAUAGACAUGACCCAGUGGCAGCCGCUGAUAGAGGACAGGGCCUUUGUGGCCUGGCUGGUCAAGGCCCCCGGGGAGCAUGAGGUGCUGCGUGCCCGCCACCUCAGCGUGCACCAGGUCACGCGGCUGGAGGAGGUGUGGCGCAGUAACCCGGGCGCCUCUGUGGAGGAGCUGAGCCAGCCCGGCAAGGAGGAGGAGCCGUGCCCGGUGGCUCUGCGGUACGACGACGCCUACCAGUACCAAAACAUCUUUGGGCCCCUCAUCAAGCUGGAGGCAGACUACGACAAGGCGAUGAAGGAGAACCAGGUGCGCGAGAAUGUGACUGUACACUGGGGGGUGGGCCUCAACAAGAAGGUGGUGGCGCGCUUCUACUACCCAAAGGACUCUGCCGACAUGCGCCUCAUGAUCGGCGACGAGCUGAGGCUGCGGCACCCGUGCCCGCGCGCGGGCUCGCCCCCCUGGGUGGGCAUCGGCUUUGUGUCUCGCCUGGACGAUGCGUCAGAGGAGGUGGCCAUCGAGCUGCGCGGCAAGGAGAAGGGGCAGGGCAGCGCCCCCACCGACGUCACCACCGGCUUUCUGGCCAAGAUGGGGCAGGGCCAGGUGCUGGUGUCUGCUCCUUCCAACAUCGCCGUGGACCACUUGGCCGAGCGCACCUCCCAGACGGGGCUGCGCGUGGUGCGGCUGCAGGCGCGCAGCCGGGAGGCGGUGGCCACCACGGUCGAGCACCUCACGUUGCACUACCAGGUGGAGCACCUGGACAUCCCCGAAGCCCAGGAGCUGCGCAAGCUGCGCCUGCUCAAGGAGGAGCUGGGAGAGCUGGCGGCGGCAGACGAGCGCAAGUACAAGGCCCUGAAGCGCAGCCUGGAGCGUGAGAUCCUGCAGGCCGCCGACGUGGUGUGCGCCACAUGCGCCGGCGUGGGCGACUCGCGCCUCACCAACUUCCGCUUCCGCCGCCUGCUCAUCGACGAGGCCACGCAGGCGGUGGAGCCGGAGGCGAUGAUCCCGCUGGUCAUGGGCGCCAAGCAGCUCAUCCUGGUGGGCGACCACUGCCAGCUGGGCCCCGUGAUCAUCAACAAGGUGGCCGCCCGCGCGGGCCUCAGCCAGUCGCUGUUUGAGCGGCUGAUGCUGCUGGGGGUGAAGCCCAUCCGCCUGGCGGUACACGAGUUCCCCAGCAACACCUUUUAUGAGGGGGCGCUGCAGAACGGCGUGACCGUGGCGGAGCGCACACGCACAAACGUCCUGUUCCCCUGGCCCACCGACAAGCCCUGCAUGUUCUACGUGCAGCUGGGCGCCGAGGAGAUCUCCGCCUCGGGCACCUCCUAUCUCAACCGCACCGAGGCGGCCAGCGUGGAGAAGAUCGUGACCUACCUGCUCAAGUCGGGCGUCAGUCCCGCGCAGAUCGGCAUCAUCACUCCUUACGAGGGCCAGCGCGCGCACGUGGUGACGGUGAUGACGCGCAGCGGGCCCAUGCGCCAGGCGCUGUACGCUGAGAUAGAGUGCGCCUCUGUAGACUCCUUCCAGGGGCGGGAAAAGGAUUACAUCAUCUUGUCCUGCGUGCGCUCCAACGAGCACCAGGGCAUCGGCUUCCUGGCAGACCCGCGCCGCCUCAACGUGGCGCUCACCCGCGCCAAGUAUGGCCUGGUGGGCCCCCUCACCAACCUCAAGCAGAGCAUGGUGCAGCUGCAGCGCCCGCGCCGCCUGUUUGACGCGGGCAGCUUUGGGCUGGGCGGCGCGCUGUCCACUCGCUUCAGGCCUACUGAGGCGCCCUCCUGCCUGCGGGACUCGCGCUUCACGCCUGCAGGCGAGCGACACGAGGAGCUGGGCCCGCCGCCACCGGGCACGGCCAACAGCGGCGGCUACGGCGGCAGCAGGGAUAACCUGGACGGCGGCUAUGCCUACGAGCGCAGCCUGCCCCCGAGCAGCAACCCCUACACCAUCCCGGCCCCCGCAGCAGCAGCAGCAGCCGGCGGGCCGGCGCAGCGCGGCAGCCGCGACGCGCGGCAGCCCGCGCCCGCGGCGGCGGCGGCGGCGGCGGCAGCGGCGGCAGGCGAGGGCGGCGAGGUUGCCCCCAGCCAGGCGGGCUUUGCCACCCAGAUGCCCAGCCAAUACGCAUUCACCCAGAGCUUCACCCAGCGCCUCAGCCAGGACAGCUUUGCCGCCCCCAGCGAGCUGGAGCUGGGCAAGACGCAGGCGAGCCUGUCGCAGCAGGCGGGCCUGUCGCAGUCGGCGUACGACACUUUCUUCCAGCAGCAGUAG